AUGACUUUUGCACUUUCAAUCUGUAAAAAUUAGGGAGGCAUACUUAAUAAAAUUAUUUCUUUUAAUGCUUCUAUAUAGAGUAAAAUCAAAUAUUUAAAAAUUUAUUCUAAAAAUUCUAACUUUAUACCUACCUCUUAAAAUGCUUCUUAAAACUCCUCUAAUAUAAAUAAAAAAAAACUUUUUGAAAGAAAAUCUCUAAUCAACUUAGAAGAACAGGAAGCAAAUAAUGGUUUCGAAUAGAUUAGAAGUGACUGA